AUGGCAUCCUACCUAGUUACUGGUAGUACUCGAGGGAUCGGCUUCGAAUUGGUGCGCCAAUUAUCAGAAAAGCCUCUCUCAGAAGUCAGCACCAUUAUUGCCACCUCGCGAUCGGUCAAUGCCUCCCUGCAGGAUCUAGCGGACCGGCAUCCCAGCCGAAUCGUGCUAGUCCUCUUAGAUGUUGCGGCCCCCGAGACCAUACAAAAGGCUGCUCAGACCAUUGGGAGCAUCUUAGGAGAUAAGGGACUGGAUGUACUCAUUAACAAUGCUGGCAUCGUGGGCUGGGGCCGGCUUGAGGACAUGACAGACUUGGAAGACACGUUCCGUGUCAAUGUGACUGGUCCGCAUAUCGUAACCCAGAACUUCUUGCCGCUAUUGCGAAAGGGCUCUAUGAAGAAGAUCAUCAACAUUUCCAGCAGCGUCGGCUCCAUUGCAAAGCAGUCCGUCUACCGGGAACUGCCCACCCCCUCCUACAAGAUCACCAAGGCCGCUUUGAACAUGAUGACGGUGCUUUAUUCUCAAGAGCUUGAGAAGGAAGGGUUCACCGUAUUCUGCGUAAGUCCUGGGUGGUUGAGAACAGAUGAAGCCAAUUCACACGCUGACCUUCCGGUCGGAACUGGUGUCGAGCGCGUUUUGGGGAUGAUCCGUGAUCGGGGUGUGGAAGUCAAUGGAAGAUUCUUGAAUAUUCAUGUUGCUGGAUGGGAGAAUAACCCUGGUUUAAACCAGUAUGAUGGAAAGGAGCUGCCAUGGUAGACCGUCU